AUGGAUUUCAUAGUUGUUGAUGUCCAACAAAAAAUGCUUGUCGAUGCAGGCAACUCGUGCAGGUACCUUGCACUCAGCUAUGCCUGGGGCAAUGUUCCGCAGCUUCAGCUGACGCUGGGAAGAAAAGAAGAGCUGUUUGUACCGGGAGCACUGCAAAGAUGCUGGGAACAAAUACCCCGGGUUAUCCGAGAUGCUAUGCACGUUGUUGCUGCGAUUGGAGAAAAGUACCUUUGGGUUGAUGCCCUUUGCAUCGUGUAG